UUUUUAACCGGCUAAAAAAGAGAUCGAAAAAAAAGUCGUUCUUCUCUCUUUGUCUCGCAGCCUGGCAACGCGAAAAUAUUUAAAAAUAUUAACAUGUACAUACAUACAAACGUAACCUAAAAUGUCACAAAAAUUAUUAAAUAAAAUUCUGUUAUUAUCUCUAUGAAAGUCUGUCGUCGGAAAAAUGGGCAAACGUUGCUGUUUCUGUGGUACUAAAAAAGAGCACCAUCCGAAAAGAAAACACGAAUUACCUAGUGACGAAAAAGUACGGGAAAAAUGGAUAAAAGCUCUCGGGUUGACCACGAGCGAUCUCGCUUUAAGAAAAAAAAAUUAUGUAUGUAGUGAUCAUUUUCGUCCUGAAGAUUACGAAUAUUUUGGAGGUCAUUUGAAAAAACAAAGUGUUCCAAACAAAAAUCUAGCCUACGAAGAAUCUGCAUCCUAUUCGCUGUAUAAUUUUGUGCAGGAAAACUACUCAGUCAAGAGUUUGGGAGGAGUUUCGUUGGAACAGGAUAAACUCCGUGAUGAUUCUGACAUUUUUGCUGAUUCUAGGAGCGAGGGCAAUAACCAGAUUCAUAAUCAGUCCGGAAACGAAAGUGGCACCGAUUUCUGCAUCGUCGGAGGAGUGGAAUCCGUACUCGAAGUGAUUUUAUGUGAAAAAGAGUCUUCAUCCUUCGAAUUUCCAGAUCAGAAAGAAACGCCUGCGUUGGCAGAGGAUUUGGACAGCAUUUUGGAAGACUCGAAAACUCCGGCAGCUACAAAAGGCCAUAAGAACGACAAGGAAGUCUCGAAAAAAAAUACCGAAAUUGUCAGAUUUAACUUUCGGAGAUCAGAAUUUUCGAGUCAAAUGUCUUUUGAAAAAUUUCAAAAGUAUAUUUCACAACUCAAGAAAAAACUUCAUUCAACCCGAGUAUCUAAGUCUGCAAUGGCGCAAGAAAUUGCCAAAUUGAGAAAUUCUCUCAAAGAAACCCAACAAAAAUUGAAGGAUGCUGAAAUCGAGAUGGAGAAUUUGUCAAAAAACAGCGGUAGGGAAAAACGACACCUUUUUCACCGCAGUUGAAAACUUUUGCCCGAUCAGUACACUACUCAUCACCCGAGGUGUAUAGAGAAAUUCGACUUAUAGAAAAGAUUGCUUCCUGCCUUUUUUACAAGUGAGGAAGUGUUGGAGUAUGGAACACUAUCUAAGACUGGCAUCCAUGAAAAGGUGUUAUGGUUCGAUCGUAAGGCAAAUGAACAACAACUGUUGAAAGGAAAACGGUUGGGGAUCGGUUACAAAGAGUAUGUUUAGUAGAAAAUGUUUCCCUCAAGUGAUUUCUUCGCAUUAAAUCAGAUAUAACUGGGAUAAAUCAAAAGAAUAUCCUUAUUUCGAAUUUCUAUAUUAACGAACAUAAUAUAU